AUGACUCGUGUAGGACAAAGAUGGCACGCUUUAAAAGCUAUCCUCAACAUCCGCUUCGGCCUCGGCGCCGCCAAGUUGCCUCCCAAUGUCACAAGGAUACACAUGGAGUUCGCCAGGCGCGUGAACGGCGGCCACUACGGACCCAAGAAAUUCUGGCGCGACAUGCUCCCCCGCCUAAAAUACUACAAUCCCGCCAUCCCAAUGAUUGUAAACCGCAAAAACAACAACGAAGGCGCAGCAAUCAUGUCCGUCUACUUCUCCACCACCGGCGAACCCCUCGAACCCUCCACCCUCCCGCAACCCCCCUCCAGCGCAAUCGACAACUCAAAGGCCCCCGCACCCCUCGAAGGGCUAGAGCGCGUCGUCAAGAUCGACAUGAAGAACAAGCACUCGGAAGAAAUCUACGAACACUUUCUCCAAGAGACCAAAGCAGAGGCCGUGCUGCCCGGCCCUGAAGACGAGGCUGAUAUGAAGGCCGUCGAAGAGCUGCGGGCCAAGGGCGAUAAGGAUCGGAAGCGGGUGGCCAAGAUUCUGGAGGAAGGGAGGAGGGAGAAGGCUAUGCUUGCUAGGGCGCGUGCUGAGGCGAGCUAG